AAAAAGUGACUAACAACGAUUUGUCUGUAAUUCUGUAUUGGUAUUUUACUUUUUCGUCGCAGUUUAGUGAUUUAAAAAGAGAUUAAACUUGACUUGUGCUUAUAAUAAACCAUCUUGACACUGCUGUGGAUGGUAACAAUAAAGUAAAGGAGAAUGGCAUCAUCUAAUACUUUGCAAAAGGCCAUUGACCUUGUCACAAAAGCUACCGAAGAAGACAAGAACAAAAACUAUGAAGAAGCUCUGCGUUUAUAUGAGCAUGGUGUAGAAUAUUUUCUACAUGCUGUCAAAUAUGAAGCUCAGGGCGAAAGGGCUAAGGAAAGUAUAAGAGCCAAGUGCCUACAGUACCUUGAUAGAGCCGAAAAACUCAAAGAGUACCUCAAAAAAGACAGCAAGAAGAAACCAGUCAAGGAUGGAGAAUCCAACUCCAAAAGCGAAGAUAAAAAGAGCGAUAGUGACAGUGAUUCCGAUAAUCCUGAGAAGAAAAAGCUUCAAGGAAAACUUGAAGGUGCUAUUGUAGUGGAGAAACCUCAUGUGAAGUGGAGUGACGUGGCUGGGUUAGAGGCAGCUAAGGAAGCUUUGAAAGAAGCUGUUAUCCUCCCCAUUAAAUUCCCUCAUCUCUUCACAGGUAAAAGAAUACCUUGGAAGGGAAUCUUACUCUUCGGACCCCCUGGUACUGGUAAAUCUUAUUUGGCUAAAGCUGUUGCUACUGAAGCCAAUAACUCAACAUUCUUCUCUGUCUCUUCCUCCGAUCUUGUUUCCAAGUGGCUUGGUGAGUCUGAGAAGUUAGUGAAGAAUCUCUUCGAGCUAGCUCGCCAACACAAGCCAAGUAUCAUAUUCAUUGAUGAAAUAGAUUCUCUAUGCUCAUCUCGAUCCGACAACGAGUCUGAAUCGGCUCGACGAAUCAAAACCGAAUUUCUUGUACAGAUGCAAGGUGUAGGCAACGAUAUGGACGGUAUUCUAGUUCUCGGAGCUACAAAUAUCCCGUGGGUACUCGACUCUGCUAUCAGGAGACGUUUUGAGAAGCGUAUUUACAUCGCACUACCUGAAGAACAUGCGCGUUUGGACAUGUUCAAGUUGCAUUUGGGAAACACAAGGCAUCAACUCACAGAGCAGGAUUUGAAAGUGUUAGCUACUAAAACUGAAGGAUACUCUGGUGCUGACAUCUGUAUUGUAGUUCGAGAUGCGUUGAUGCAGCCCGUGCGUAAAGUGCAAUCUGCUACACACUUCAAGAAAGUGUCUGGCCCCAGCCCAUUAGACCCUAAUGUUAUCGCAAAUGACCUCCUUACUCCUUGCUCUCCUGGCGACCCAGGCGCGAUGGAAAUGACUUGGAUGGAUGUACCUGGUGAUAAAUUGAACGAACCUCCAGUAACAAUGUCUGACAUGCUGCGCUCGCUGGCUAUUUCGAAACCCACUGUAAAUGACGAAGAUAUGGUCAGGCUUAGGAAGUUCAUGGAAGAUUUUGGACAGGAAGGAUAGAUUUGAUGCAUUUUACUUAUUUAAAUAUUAUAAGAUUUUAUUAGCUGUAUUUUACUGGAGUUUAUUCACAGUGCCUAAUAUGUUGCAAAUGUAGUCUUUUUAUUUUUAUAAAUUUUUCAAUCUAGGUUAGUCCACAUAAUUGUGUAUAGUAGUCUCACAAAUAUUGUUCGUUGUUAAUUGUAUCACAUUCACAUGUCCAGCUUGUAAUUUCAUUUCACGAUGAUUGCGAAGCUCUGAAAUGUGUGGUGUACAACUUUAAGAAUUUAUGCCUACAAUAAUUUUGAUAGUGUUUAAAGUUUCAAUAACAAGUAUGCCUUUACUGUAUUUCUCGCAAUAUACUAGUGUAACAUCUCGAAGUAAUUUAAGUAUUAUGGUCCAUGAAUGUAAUAAUAUGCAAAGGCAUUCUUAAAUUUUUGUGAUUUAUUGGUCUUAGGAUUCCAUUUUGUUACAAAGCAUUCAACUGCUUGCUAAGAGAAUUGUUUGGUUUUAGGAAACUAAUCCUGUAUUUCAUCACGCUUCUAUUUAACCAUACUUCAAAUCUUGAUGUCCAUUUGUUGUAAACACCAAUGACGUAAAUUGCAUGGUAUGUUUAGCUAGAUAAAAUAAUUGCUUAUCUAGAUUAAUAUUUACAAAUUGUAUUUUUACAACUUAUCUAUGAAUUGUAAUGUAAAACAAUAUGCUUAGUUUCCCCAACUUAACGGAAUAUUGUAAUUGUUAAAAUUAUAUAAGCAUCCUUUUACUAGUAACUGUUGUUCUAUAAGUAUUCUAGAUUGUUUCCUCGGAUUAUCUUUGCAAUAAUAUUUUUUGUGGAAUUAACAUCUUUUAAUACAGACUAGUGAAAUAAAUUGUUAAAUUCUGAUUAAAAGUAAUUCAUAUA